GUGGGGCGCGCUGCAUGUCGGGCGUCGUUGUUCUCAAGGCUGCUCCGCCGGCGGGGUUUGGUGCCGGACCUCUGGGAGCACCCCACCCGAGCCUCGCUUCACGCUGAUUCCCCGCGGGAAUCCCUGUCAGAUCGCUCCUCCCUGACAGCGCGGGCGAGCGGAGCGUUGGUGUCCGAGCGCGCCGCGGUACGGUGUAGGCCUCCGUGUCCUUCCUGUAAGUGCCUGCGCAUCCCGCAACGCUUUAGGAGCUGGUGUGACCCUCGGCGCCCGCCGUAGGCCGCUGCUUGUCAGCUGCUGGCGCCUUUGUGAAGCGGCGGAAGCGGAGCAGGGCCGUCGGAGGAGGAGGAACCGCUGCCAGUGUUUCAGCCAUGUCUGACAAAAGUGAACUGAAGGCGGAGUUGGAGCGCAAGAAGCAACGAUUAGCUCAAAUCAGAGAGGAGAAGAAAAGAAAGGAAGAAGAAAGAAAGAAAAAAGAAACUGAUCAGAAGAAAGAAGUUCUUCCUGUACAAGAAGAAUCUGAUCUUGAAAAGAAGAGAAGAGAAGCUGAAGCAUUACUUCAGAGCAUGGGGUUGACACCUGAGUCUCCUGUUGCUGUGCAACCUCUGCGAGUAGUAACAGCGGAUACCUGUCUGUUUCACUAUUUAGUCCCUCCUCCUACCUCUCCGUCUUCCAAAUCCGUGAGUACGCCAAGUGAGGCUGGCAGCCAGGACUCUGGUGAUGGCGCUGUUGGAUCUAGGACGCUGCAUUGGGAUACUGAUCCAUCAGUUCUUCAGCUCCACUCUGAUUCCGAUCUGGGACGUGGACCUGUUAAACUUGGAAUGGCCAAAAUUACACAAGUUGACUUUCCUCCUCGAGAAAUUGUUACGUAUACAAAGGAGACGCAAACACCUGUUAUGACUCAGCCAAAGGAAGAUGAGGAAGAUGAAGAUGAUGUGGUCGCACCAAAACCGUUAGUGGAACCUGAGGAAGAAAAAACAUUAAAAAAAGAGGAGGAGGAAGAAGCUGCCCCUCAUGAGCUGACAGAAGAGGAAAAACAACAGAUUUUGCAUUCUGAAGAAUUUUUGAGUUUCUUUGAUCACUCCACAAGGAUUGUUGAAAGAGCCCUUUCUGAGCAAAUCAACAUUUUCUUUGACUACAGUGGAAGAGACUUGGAAGACAAAGAAGGAGAGAUUCAAGCAGGAGCAAAACUGUCAUUAAAUAGGCAGUUUUUUGAUGAACGUUGGUCAAAGCAUCGUGUUGUCAGUUGCUUGGACUGGUCAUCUCAGUACCCAGAAUUGCUUGUAGCCUCUUACAACAACAAUGAGGAUGCACCUCAUGAGCCUGAUGGGGUGGCCCUUGUAUGGAAUAUGAAGUACAAGAAAACUACCCCAGAGUAUGUCUUUCACUGCCAGUCAGCAGUGAUGUCAGCUACAUUUGCAAAAUUUCAUCCCAAUCUGGUGGUUGGUGGCACAUACUCAGGCCAAAUAGUGCUAUGGGAUAAUCGCAGCAAUAAGAGAACCCCAGUGCAGAGAACUCCACUUUCGGCUGCUGCUCACACGCACCCAGUGUACUGUGUAAAUGUCGUUGGGACCCAGAAUGCUCAUAAUUUGAUUAGUAUCUCAACUGAUGGGAAAAUUUGCUCUUGGAGUCUGGACAUGCUUUCCCAACCACAGGAUAGCAUGGAGCUGGUUCACAAACAGUCCAAGGCUGUGGCUGUUACCUGCAUGUCCUUCCCUGUUGGAGACGUCAACAACUUUGUUGUUGGCAGUGAAGAAGGCUCAGUGUACACUGCGUGCCGUCAUGGCAGCAAAGCUGGAAUCAGUGAGAUGUUUGAAGGACACCAGGGACCAAUCACAGGUAUCAACUGCCACGCAGCAGUUGGACCUGUAGACUUCUCACAUCUUUUUGUCACCUCUUCUUUUGACUGGACAGUAAAGCUUUGGACAACUAAGAACAACAAACCUCUCUACUCCUUUGAAGACAACUCAGAUUAUGUUUAUGAUGUGAUGUGGUCUCCAACUCACCCUGCCUUGUUUGCCUGCGUGGAUGGGAUGGGCAGGCUUGACCUGUGGAACCUCAACAAUGACACUGAGGUGCCAACUGCAAGCAUUACUGUGGAGGGCAAUCCUGCUCUGAACCGCGUGAGAUGGACACAUUCUGGGAGAGAGAUUGCUGUGGGUGAUUCAGAGGGACAAAUAGUUAUAUAUGAUGUGGGAGAGCAAAUUGCCGUUCCCCGCAACGACGAGUGGACCCGCUUUGGUCGAACGCUGGCAGAGAUAAAUGCCAACAGAGCCGACGCAGAAGAGGAAGCUGCAACCCGCAUCCCGGCCUAGAUCUUUGCAAAUCCGCAGCAGUGGUAGACUAGUGAAUGAUUUGAUGCAAAUCUUAAAAAUAUAAGCAUGUGUCAGUUAAAUUCGUAGCUUAAGGGAGAAAUACAUGGAUUUAACUAUGGACUUUGAAAAUGUAUUAAGAUCACUGAAAAUCAGGUCUUGCAUUGUCACUUUUAUAUAUAAAUUACAAGCACAUUAUUGGAUUUGUGUAACUUUUAAUACAGUUAACUUUGACUUUGCAAGGAACUUCUUUUGCUGAAACACUAACCCAGUGUAAAUUUGCUAUUGGGCCUCUGGAACUUCCACUUUGUAACGGUAUAUCUAUUUCUGAAAAAGUUCUGUUUCUAAACUAAACUUUCUAUAUUACACAGACUAACCUUCAUUAGGUAGUGUAAUCCCUGAAGUGUUCUGUAAUUAGAACUCUUCAAAUUACUCAUGGAUAUGCAUGCAUAUGUUCCAAGUAAGUUUCAUUGUCUAUACAUAGAUAAGUCUCAGAGUCUGGUAGUGGGUAAUAUAUGUGAAUAAAAAUUUGUCUGUAGUUACAUCUUAUUUGAUAAUUGGACCUGAAUUAAUGAAAUACAUAUUUAAUACCAAGUUCUUUUGUUUGAAUUGAUGCGUUAAAAGGUGAGACUGAUUCAUAAAUAAAUAUUAUAUGAGCAUUUGUCAGCUGCCCUGACCCCUAAUCUGUGUCCCUUCAGUAGGCUGAGAGCAGAAAGUUCCUGGAAGCUGCUGCUUUUGUUUUACUACACACAUCACACAGUUCCUUCCUACCCCCAACUUCCACUUCCUACCGUGGCAAUCAGCCCAAAGGAAAACAGCUACUGUUGACCAUUUUUUUCUAUUCCACAGGAUAAGGAACUAGAAUUGGACUUAAUUUCUAUAGCAUGAUGACUUGCCUUCUGUUAACUACAGAUUUGCUACUAAUUUUCUGUAUUAAGUUAAAGAGAGAUGUUUACGUUGCUUUUUAACAUUUUUAUUAAAACAAAACCUCUCAGUGGCUAGAACCAAAA